UGGAGCGGGGUGAUUCUUGCUCGCCUCGAACGCCUCGCGUCGGUCCCCUCUCCCAAUCUUCUCUUACGGCCCGAUCUGGCAGACACGCACAACCGCGCGAUCGUCACGAGCAAGAGCUUCCGGUAAGCACAUUGGAAUGCGCCAACAUGUCACAGUCGCCGCGCCCAGUGAGUCGCGUGCGCAAGACGAAAGGAAAAGGUCUCAGGACAAGAACAGGAUGUACCACUUGCCGGGAACGGCAUGUCAAGUGUGACGAAACACGUCCCAUCUGUCGAGCAUGCCAAAGAGGAAACAGACCUUGCAGAUACACAGUCGCCGCAUCAAGUGUGCAUAGCUCAGAUCUGAGUAUUAUUCUCAACACAGACAAUGAGAUUGAUCAGUCGACACUGCUUCAAGAAAAGUCGGCUACGGCUCAAGGACCGAGUCCAGACGUGCAGCAGCAGCACGUCCAUCCGGUCGAGGAGACUACAAUAACAACCAGUGUCGAUGAAGCCCCCAUGACUUAUUUCGAGAAUCGCGAUGUGAACCGGACCAUCCAAAACAUAUCUUGCAACGAUUUUGGCUUACCUUUGGAGCCCGCCGCCUUGAACACGACGAGCCCGGCGUCGACGGCAAGCGGAAACCUCUACUCUGCGGAAGUCGCUCCCCUGAGGUGGUUAAACCUCUUGCGGCGAGAUGCGACUGCCAUUGACGACUACCAGCCAGGCCUUGCUUAUCAUAGUGUUGAUACCGCCGGGAGUGCAGAUCAGCCGCCAACGCCUGGUUUCUUCUCUUCGGUAGGCGCAGUCGAUGGCCAUCUAGGUCAAGUGGAGUCUUACAAUAUCGAAGGCUUCCUUGAGCUUUCCAGCUCGGAAAGUCUUCUGCUGCGACACUUUGUGGAGAACAUAUCGUCCUGGAUCGACCUCACUGACCGUCACGCUCAAUUCUCGAGCUCUGUACCUACAAUGGCGCUCAAUAACAGAGGGUUGAUGUUGGCUAUUCUCGCUCUAUCAUCGCGACACCAAUCAUUGCUUUCGAAUCCGGACAAGCCACCUCGGAUAGACAGGACAGUGGCCGUUCAGUAUUACAAUGAAACACUCCAAUAUCUCCAGAUUGCGAUGAAGAUACCGGAAUAUCUCAAGAGCGACGAGUUGCUUGCAACAGUACUUCUCAUCUCUACCUAUGAGAUGAUCGAUGGUUUCGAAAGCGGCUGGGAACGUCAUCUGAAAGGUGUCUUCUGGAUUCAGAGAUCUCAACUGAUCCAUGGUGAAUCGGGUGGUUUGAAGCAAGCAAUAUGGUGGGCAUGGCUGCGCCAAGACAUCUGGGCUGCCUUCAGAGGACGGCGUGUGAUACUCAGCUACUACACAUUGAGGAAGGACUGUGCAGAGCUGGAUCGCUGGGAACUUACCAACAGAGUCGUCUGGCUCCUCGGGCAGUGCAUCAGCUUUGGUUCGGACACCGAAGUCGAAGCUGGCAGGAACAACGUCCAGCAGCGCAUACACCGAGCUGCCUUUUUGACAAUGAGGUUGGAUGAAUGGUGGAUAUAUUUUGCUCCGUAUCGUACUGAGCUGCCAGCGGAGCGAAUCGAAGGAAGCGCCUUCAAUCCAAUAUGGAUCAACCCGCCAUCUUGCAGCGCUGCCGUACAAAUAUACUACUUUGCUCGGAUCAUGCUAGCGGUGCACUCCCCGGUCAUGUCUGGGCUGAAAGAACUUGAACGCCUCCAACAAACACUGGACGACGCUGUCAAUUACAUCGGAGGCAUCGCUUGCACGACCAACAAUACCGCGGCAAUAAUAAUCUCAACGCAGUGCCUCUUCGCAGCUGGUCUUAACACUCGGGAUCUAGCCAAGCGGGAGCAAAUCGCCAGAUUGCUCCGUUCUCAUCAAUCCUGUACCGGCUGGCCGGUCCAUGACCUUGCCCAAGACCUGCAGGCCGAAUGGACUCUCGCCUCAUCACCUAUGAAUGUCCGAACUUAGUCACAAGCCCCUGUAUUUACGUGUUGCUCGACUUUAUUGAACAUCUUGUGACC